AAAGGUUAUUUAUUCGACAUGGCUGUUCUACCUGAGACUCCAACACCAGAAGACCAGGCUAUAAUCGAUAAAAUGACCACUAUGUGGACUAAUUUCGUGAAAUACGGAGAUCCCACUCCUGAAACUACAGAACUUCUUCCAGUUAAAUGGAUACCUAUCACAGAGGAUACAUUGAAUUAUUUAGAAAUAGAUAUUGAACAGACGUUGAAGAAACGUGCCAUACAGGAACGGAUAGCAUUUUGGGACUUAUAUUACAAAAUGAACAAGCAGCAUAUAAAAGGUUAUAGAAAUACUGAAUUGUAAAUAAAAAAUACAUAUUUUUGAUACUUUU